UAGAUUCUGUGUGAAGAUUUCAAACAAAACGAAAUCAAGAUAUGGUCAGUGUUGUCUUCAAACCAGAAUGUGGUGACACUCCUGGGAGCGUAUGAUGAUGGGAAACAUGUUUACAUCUUUAUGGAGCUUAUGGAAGGUUCGUGAAAGUAUAUCCAUUUUAUAAGUAGGCAUUAAUACGUGCAGUUUUUUUACGUUCAGUAUACGCACGGAAAAGUUUAAACCCAUUUAAAUGAAGAAUUAUAAAAUAAUUAUAUAAAAAGGACAGUGUUUAUAUAUAUAGUUUUGCAUGUGCAUGAUUUAUUGUGCAUUUCUUAAUGAAAAUAAUUCGUACUUUUGUUAUCUUCAUUUACUUUUUCAAAUCUUGGAAAUGCUUUUAUAAAUAUUGAAAAGUUUAUUUGAUGGCUUUCCUCGCGGCCUUUGACCUAGUGUUUUUCCACAGUCUGUGUCUUUUUGAAGUUUUUCACGCGGAUUUUUGCUUCGUCAUAUCUAGAAAAAACCGGUUUAGACGACGGCGAGACGGAUUUUUACCGUGUAACCCGCUCUUAGAUUUUCAUGUUCUCAUGACCUUAUUUGGUAAAAUUACGUCAUUGUCAUAUAUAAUUAUAAAGAGUGCUAAUUUUUCUUCACCUUAUAUACAAUCUCUGACAAUUUCCCAUAAGAACAUAUGAUCUUGUUUAAACAGGUACGCUUAAAUACAUCGCUGACAACCGUGAAUUCCUGAAUAUCGAUGAGAGGAGAGCGGUAGCUCUGAUGAAACCAAUUUUAAAAUUUCUUGCUUUUAUGCAUGAUGAUGGAUAUGUCCACGCUGAUAUAAAACGUAAGUUUUUGCACACUGAUCUUUUUGUCGAUUUAAUUAAAGAAAGAAAAAGUGAGAUAUCUUAUCAAAUUGUUGGAACAAUUUAUCUAGAAAAUACAAAACAAGUGAAACUCCAAAGAUCAAUAACAUUUUUAUUUAAUAUCAUAAAUAUAAAAAUGUUAUCGAUAAAUUGUGAAUUUGGGCGUGGGAACAUUCUUGGGCAAAAUGCAACGCUCAAAACAAGUGUAAGAAAAGAAACAUAUAUCCACGUCCAUUGUGCUUUUUACGCGUUUUGGGGUUGCGAGUUUCAAGUGAGGACAAUUCAAUUACAUGUAGCAGUAUGUUCAAUUAUUUAGUAAUUAUAUUGAUAAUUAUUUCUGUAGCUGACAACAUCUUAUUUGGUAAUAACGACAUAAAAGUCGGCGACUUUGGAUUGGCUGUGGAUCGUAGGGACAAAACCUCAAAUAUCGGCAUUCGUGGUACAGUGCCUUACAUGCCCAAAGAGUUAUUUUGUGGUGGGGAAUAUCGAGCAAGUGUUGACAUUUACGAAGCUGCUGGUGUCUGGAAAUAUUUGCUGACUGGUUCCCAUCCGUGGGCAGGAUAUGAAGCGCAUGCUGUUAUGUUCAAGGUUAGAAGAGAAUGA